CCUAGACAGUGGAUUCGAGUUGUCCAUCGAGUGCCUGGAAGUGCGCCGUCGGACCACGUUGGUAGAGAACGACAUACCCAGCUGGCGCUUCGGUGGCGUUUGCACCACUACGUCAGCCUUGACUUGCAUCCGCGUUCGCGGAAUCGCAUGGCGCGAAAUGGAGCGAUCCCCGCCUCAAUCUGUCGCUGUGCUGGACCAGUUGGCGACGCGCAGUCGAAAACUGGCCGAGUUCUGCAGCAGCAGAAGGGCGUGUCGGUCGAUCUGAAGAUCUGGAAACAGGCCAAGUCUUCUGCGCGCAAAUCCUCUCGCACCCGAAGCUCAGAUUCUAAAUUUGAGGCUUGAGCGGCAUCGCCGUACAAUUAAUUGCCACGCCCACAGCGAGCAACUUGUUCAGCAAAUGUCAACGAUGCAGGCAGUCACGACUGCGUGAGUGACUCCUCACAGCCGUUGUAUCUGCGCACGAAUCGCGUAUAGCGCCGCGCUGCUUUACGCUUUCGUUCAAGCCACUUUACAUGUAGCAAACAAAAGACCUGCACGAGGCGGCGACCUGAACAGGUUACCUAACGUCUUCGCUGCGAGAGACUGCGCUACAGCUUACGAACAAGAAGCAAGCAAGAGCUUGCUUGUUGCAGUUGCACUUCGCCUGGCGCUUGCAAGCUGCUUGGAUGCCCUUGCCAAGGCCAUAAAAGCAAGCUCCUUGCAUGGCAAAAGUAUCCGCGUUUCGCCAUGGUUCCGUUUCGCAAAUACUAGUAGACGGCGGCGGUUAUCAACCCCGCGUCUCCGCGACGGCCACUCCAGUGAUCACAUCUUACUACGCCAACCAUGGCAACGAAGUCGUCGAAGAACGAUGAGUGUGUCCGCGUGAUGGUCCGCAUCCGGCCCAUGAGCGGCAAGGAGGUGCAAGACGGACGGCAGGAGGUCACGACGGCCAACUUUGAUCGCGCCGAGGUGUCCAUCCUGAACCCCGUGGCCGCGUCUUCCGAGCCUCCGAAGUCGUUCACUUUCGACGCUGCAUUCGGGGCAAAGUCCACACAGCAGCAAGUGUACGACACGGCCGCAACGGAGAUCGUCGAGGCCGUCAUGGAAGGCUACAACGGCACCAUCUUCGCGUACGGCCAGACCGGCGCCGGCAAGUCCCACACUAUGGAGGGAUACGGAGACCAACCAGGUAUCAUCCCCAACUCGUUCAAGCACGUGUUCGACAAGGUAGCCAUCUCGAAAAACAAGCGCAUUCUCGUGCGUGCUUCGUAUCUAGAAAUCUACAACGAAGAGAUCCGCGAUCUCUUGUCAAAAGACCCUAAAAAUGCUCUAGAUCUCAAGGAAAAUGCAGAUUCUGGCGUGUACGUCAAAGGGUUAACCGCUCAAGUUGUCAAAGACGCAGCGGAGAUCGACCACGUUAUGCAAACCGGCAAGAAGAACCGCAGUGUCGGUGCUACUCUCAUGAACCAGACGUCGUCUCGGUCGCACUCUAUCUUCACGAUUGUAGUCGAGUGUUUGAGUGAAGGCUCAGCCGACGGCAAGGACCACGUAUGUGUCGGCAAGCUCAACUUGGUCGAUUUAGCUGGUAGUGAGCGUCAGUCCAAGACGGGCGCGACGGGAGACCGUCUCCAAGAAGCCAACAAGAUCAACUUGUCUCUCUCCGCUCUGGGUAAUGUCAUCUCAGCUCUAGUCGAUGGCAAGUCCAAGCACAUUCCGUACCGUGAUUCUAAACUGACACGACUGCUUCAAGACUCUUUGGGUGGUAAUACAAAGACUGUCAUGAUUGCUAACUGUGGUCCAGCCGACUACAACUAUGAGGAGACAUUGACUACUUUACGUUAUGCGAGUCGUGCUAAGAACAUAAAAAACAAACCAAAAAUCAACGAAGAUCCGAAAGACGCGAUGAUCCGAGAAUUUCAGGAAGAGAUCGAAGCUUUGAAAGCCAAGUUGGUGGCUAUUGAGAAGCAAGCGAGUGAAGGGGUCAGCUUAGACGGUGUCAGUACAAGUGGCUCUGUUAAUUCUCCAGUGGAGAUUGUGGAAGUCGAGAAGAUUGUAGAGAAGAUUGUUAUUGAAAAAGGUAUCAGUAUUGAAGAAGCUCAAGCUAUCGCUGAAAAAGCUCAACGUGAAAAAGAAGAAAUGUUACAGAAAACUCGUGACGACUUGGCGUUGGCAGCAAAGGAUAAGGCACAAGCAGAGUUGAAUAAACGCGAACUGGAACUCAAAUUGGAGCGAGAACGGCAACAGGCUGAAGAAUUGGCAUUGCAACAAAAAGUGUUGCUAGAUCGACUAGCUGCUACCCAAGCCAAGGUGCUUGUCGGCGGUGAAAUGAUGACGAAAGCUGCGCAACAAGAAGACGAGCUUCGCCGUACUAAACUCGAGUUGGAAGAACGCAAACGCCAAGAAUUGCAACUCGCCCGUGAAUUAGCUGAACAAGAAGAGAGUAAUCUCAUGCGAGAAGAGAAGUAUCAGUCCUUACAAGAAGAAGCUGAAGCGAAAGCCCGGAAACUCAAGAAAGUCUACACUAAAGUAAAAGAAGUGCUAGGAGAUAUCAAGGCCAUGGAGAAGGCUCAUAGCCGAGAGCGUGAGGAUCUUCUGGACACGAUUCGACAGCUCACAGCGCAGUUAAAGCUGAAAUCUCUGGUACUGGACUACUUUAUGCCACCCGAAGCUGUUGCCAUGCUGGAAGCCCGUGCACGUUGGGAUGACGAAGAGGACGACUUCACUCUGGAUAGACUCGAACUCGCUGGUAACACCCUGCGUCCUCGACAGCGUCCACCCUCUGCUAGCAGUGUCCGUCGCCCUGAAACCUCGUCGGAUAAGAGUCGAACGGGGAGGAAGUUCGUCAUGGCCCAGAAUGACGACGAAGACGACGAAAUCGCCCGUGCCGAAGAGCUCGAACUUGCUCGCAAUCCCUUUUUCAUGUACGUGGAUGACAACGAUGGAGACGGCUACGCUCCUGCUGCGUCUCGUAAGAAACAAUCUGCAUCCAGUGGCAGACCGAAGACAGCCAAGAAAUCCUCGAAAAGCGCAUCCAAACGUCCUGAAACAGCGUCGAGGCGAAGAAGCGAAAAGAAGUAAAAGAAGCAAAGAGGGUUAUUAACCGUCUUUGGUUUAAGUUUACUGCAUAAUAAAAAGAGGACCGAUGACUUCGUUCUCACAGCGUACAGCGAUGAGAAGGAUGUGCAUGAGCCAGAAUUCCAGAC